UUCAAGCAGCAAAGGAACGUUAUCGAUCUAAUUCCGCUUAACUUUCCGUCUAAAUUGACGCCAGUGUCGUUUAGAACGUGUCUCACUGUUGCCAUUUAAAAAUCUGAUCAACUUCAGCAGUCUUAGUUUGUCGACAUCGGGUCCUAAAGUGAAGCUGCAUCGCAAGUGUUUGGAGAAAAUGUAGUUUUAGUGAUGUCUCGACUUGUCAAGAAAUCUCCAUCUCUUUGCACGGAUCGACCACUGGACAACACAGACAUUUCUAACAAGCUUAAUUUGCUGAGACAGCUUCUGAAGUCUUGUUUUGGUCCCACAGCUAGACUGAAACAAGUUCAUAACAACAUUGGAGGACACGUUGUAACCACCUCAUCCUCCUCGGUUCUCCUUCCAGCUAUUUCAUCCUCUCAGCCUUUCAUCAAUCUGAUAAAAACCUCCAUUCUCAACCACGUCUCCCGCUUCAGUGACUGUGGUUUGUUUGCUGCCAUUUUUUGCUUGGCUCUUAUUGAGCAAGCAAAGCGGUCUGGUCUCAGAGAGAAUGUGUCUAUCAGAGUGAACAAACACUUGCUGGCUCUGUGCUCCAGUUACCUUCAACAAGAAGACUGUGGAUGUAAAGUGAAGCUCGACUUCUGCAGCAGCCACAACCUGAUCACACUAGCUCGCAGUAUUAUCUCCAGCAAACCAGCAUGUGUGCUGACAGAGCCAGAGGCACUUCACAUCAGCAAGCUGGCUGUGCAAGCUUUUCUGCUGACUGUUCCCUGUAACAGCCCAGGCACAGUCAGCCUUGGCAAAACAGUGACUGUCUGUGUUGAGGGCUACUCUGUGCUGACCUCUGCAGUGUUUCCAGGUUUAUUAGUGGACAUUCCUGAUGGAUUAUGCCUCAACAAGUUUGACCAUCUGUCAAAUCCAAUCCAAAUGGUGCUUUUUGGUGCAUCUCUUGCCGGGGACCUUUCUGAUCUGGGAGAUGGGAUGAUAGAGGUGCAUGCAGGUGUGGACACAGAGUCACAGAUCCUGGAUCAGCUUCUGGAGCUUGGCAAACAGGUGGUUAAAGAUGAGGUGAAGCUCUUUGUAUGCCAGAAGGUGGUGCAUCCAGUCUUACAGGAAUACCUGAGGAGCCAUGGCAUCAUAGUGGUCGAGAGAGUGGGGAUCACUAUCAUGGAGCCUCUUAUUCAGCUGACAGGUGCUCAACCCGUGGCGACAUUACACACCAAAAUCCCAUCCAAGGCGUACGGAAAGGUGAGGGAGCUCAGCAUGAAGCAGUUUGGUUCCAAGACAAUGCUGCAUUUACAACCUCUUGGGGAGUCAGUGAUCUGCACUUUGAUCCUCUGCCACAGGAAUGAGACGAUGUUAAGUGAGCUGAAGGUGGUCUGCCAGAAGACAGAACAUGUGUUGAGGCUCACCCUACGGGAACCAUCUGCCUUACUUGGAGGUGGAUGUACUGAGACCCACUUAGCUGCUUAUGUUAGACACAAGAGCAAGAAUGAAGCACCAGAGACAGCAUCAGUAUUGGGGUGCUCUCAGACAGAAUACCUUCUUGGUGUCGAGGUAUUUUGUCAGUCUCUGGAGUCCGUGGCCAGAGCGCUGCAGCACGACGGUGGGAACUCUUUAGUCGAUCUGACUCAUGCUCACCACUGGACUCUACCUGCAGAUGUCCUGGAAGAACACAUGGAGGACAGCUUGGGCUUCUGUGGCUGUGGACUGGUGGAAAGUAGCCCAAGUAGAAGGUGGAUUUUUCUAGACACUAAAUACACAGAGUUCUCUCCUGUCGCCCUGGUUGGAGACUCUCCUGUGCAGCCACGUGUGUUGGACUCCUUCACGGCUACACUUAGUGCAUUACAAGUUGCUACAGAAACAGCAAAUCUUGCACUAGAUGUGAGAUAUAUAAUUCAAGAUGUGAAUUAGGAAAAUAGAUAUUUUACCUUUAGUCUAUGGGAUGCUGGUUUGUAGUGAUCAAAAUGAAGACUGAACACUGUUAUUUAGAAAGGAAUAAUUCAGUUUAUAGAGUGAGUGACAAUGUCUAAUGUGGUCUUAUGAAUUAAUAUUUUGUCAGUAAUAUUUCUAAAAAAUUCCAUAUUCUUCAUAUAUAUUCAUAUGUUAUACAUGCAAUCCAUAACAUUCCACAUGCCUAAUCUGAAAAUCCAAGGAGAUGUUCCUGCUGCAGUGCCUUUCUGUUCAUAUUUUUUAAGAGAUGCUGUACAUAAAAAAAGCGUUUUGAUGGUUUUGUACAAUGAAGUCUGACUAGAAGAGAAAUCAAAGAGAUUUUUGUGCAGUAAAAUUACUGUAAUUUCUGUUUAACAAUACAACAGGCGUGCAGAUGCCAGUGCUCCUCUUCUGCUGUUGCUUCAAUUAUUGUCUCCCCAAACAGGAUGGCUAGCAGGUGCUUUUUCUCUCAGAAGAUGAAUGGAAUCAAAGCUUUUCGAAACUUUGGGUAGUCUUUGAAUUUCUCUUGAUAAAACCUGUAACAGAGGAGCAGAAGAUGGCAGCUAUAUCUCAGAAAUGUCACUUGGUAACAGCAGCAGUUUGAAAUAUGAGUAUUAUUAUACCGUUUCCUUCACUUUUAUUAAUAUCUUAGGCACCUGUGAUGGUAGUAGGCUCUUGGUCCAAUAAAACAGAGGCUGAACAUAGCAAAUGAGAGUGUUGGAAGGGACCAGGUGGCUACAGCAUAUCCAAACCAUUCCACUAUCUCUCCUAAAUAGUUGGCACCAGACACAUAUUCAAACAAGCCUCCUGCAGGAGAGUUAGAAUACCACAAGUCACUACAAGCACAGGGUGAAUAAGACGUCACUCUAGUGAAAUGCAUGUUUCUUACCGGUAGGAAUCUUGUAAACUAUUUCAUUUGGUUUCCUCAAGUUGCGCAGAAUACAGUCGCUGUGUAUGUUGAUGGCCAUUCCAGUGUAAAACAGCAGUAAACCUAGAAGAAAAUUUUACUUGUAUACUGUUUUUUUUUUUUUUUUAAAGUCAAUCGUAUUUUAAGACUGAGUGUUUUUUGAACAAAGAAUAAACAUUGCACUUGCCAGUCUUGUAGCGGUAAUCAGCUGACCAUUCAUGGUCAAACUGGGCACAAUGCAGCAGGUAGCAUCCCUGCAGGAAACCAUUCAGAGAACAGAUCAAACCUCCUGCCACCAUCACACCCAGUGGGAAAGGCCUUCCUCUGGUCCGGGGUGAAUAGACAAAUGUCCUAUGAUCAGUGAAGAAAUAGUAGAUACAGGGUGUGGGAAAAUCAGUGCUGGUUCAUGCACAGUUGUGUUUUACAACCAAGGGGACACAUCAGGCAUUCAGCACAGUGUCUUAACCUCCAGAUUUCUGCAGCAGUAAAUCUCCUUUGCAAAGCUCUUUUUGUAAUCCCUCCAUCUUAAAAUUUGACUCUUGCUUACACAUAGUGUCCAACGCAUAUUUUACAUCUUGUAGCUAAAAGGUCCAGUGGUAAAACUAUUAUUAUUAAAGACGGAUUGUGUCAAUCAUUUUUGCUCUACUCAGGAAUUUUAAUUAAAAACAUCUGUUAGCUUG